AUGGACAGCACAUCGGCAUCCUCCUCCCGUGUGCUCGAUAUCGACGUCGCUGGGACCAAAAGCGCCGACGAGGGUGGUCCCAGUCCGACUAACGGCAGCAGUGUCGAACCAGACGCCGAGAAAGGUUCUCCGGGCGAAAAUGCGGAUGAGCCGCCGGCGCGGACCUACAGUACAUGGCAGUGGGCGCUAAUCCUGGCGGCAAUCUACGCCAGUCAGUUCCUGUACGGGUUAGACACCACCAUCGUUGCAGACAUUCAAGCUUCCGUUGUCAGCGAGUUCGAUCAGAUUGGCCAGUUGGGAUGGCUCGGCGUCGGGUACCCACUGGGUAGCGUUGCAACCAUCCUCACCUUUGGAAAGGCCUACGGCAUCUUCGACAUCAAAUGGCUUUACACCGGCAGCCUGACCAUGUUCACCGCCGGCAGUGCUCUGUGUGGAGCUGCUCCUAGCAUGAACGCCCUCAUCGUUGGCCGAGUGUGGGCAGGAGCUGGCGGAGCAGGAAUGUAUCUUGGUGUUAUGAAUCUUCUCACUGUCAACACUGCCUUACACGAACGAGCAAUUUACAUUUCCAUUGCUGGCGCUAUUUGGGGCGCUGGCUGCAUUCUUGGUCCUGUGAUUGGAGGGUCCUUUGCCGACAGCUCAGCAGGAUGGCGAUGGGCUUUCUACCUUAACCUCAUCCUUUACGGCUUGUUUCUCCCGGUCAUUCUCUUCGGAUUGCAUCCAUUCAGCUUCCAACCGGAGAAGCCUUUCCUGAAGAAGCUCGCGCACCUCGACUGGCUCGGCAUCUUGCUCAACGCCGCUGUGUACACCAUUUUCGUAACGGUUUUCACAUUUGCAGGCUCAGAGUGGGCAUGGGACGCCGGGCAGACCAUCGCCCUGUUCGUCAUCCUCGGCGUCCUCAUCAUCGCCUUCGUCGCCAGCCAGUACUUCACCAUCCUGACCGACAAAGAACGACGCCUCUUCCCCGGCGACUUCCUCCGCAACAAGAACAUGAUCCUGCUCUACAUCAGCCAGUCGUGCGCCACGACCACCCUCUUCAUCCCCAUCUACUGUAAGCGCGCCAUCCACUCCACCAGCAUCCCGCCUGACCUCCAGCCAGACAUCCCGCUCUUCUGCCAAUUCGUCUACGGCGACAACGGCGUCCGCUCGGCCGUGCGGCUCCUGCCUUUUAUCUGCAUCGCCGUCUUCGCCAACCUCCUGCAAGGCGCCACCGCUUCUCGCGUUGGCUACUACAUGCCGCUCUUCCUAAUCGCCAGCAUCUUGGGCACAAUCGGCGGCGCCCUCUUCUACGCCGAGCUGGACGCCGACUCCCCGCCCUCACACAUCUACGGCUUCAGCGCCCUCCUCGGCAUCGCCGCCGGCCUCUCUCAAACCGUCGCCUACAGCGUCGCGCCGACUGAAACCGCACCGGAGCGCGUGGCCGACGCCGUCGGCUUCGUGAAUACCGCGCAGAUCGGCUCGACCGUCGUCGCGCUGACCAUCACGUCCGCCGUCUUCCAGAACGUCGGCCGGCAGCACGUGCGCGCGGCCGUGGCCGGACUAGGGUUUACUGAUGCCGAGGUCGCGUCGGCGCUGGCGGGCCGCCAGGCGGAGGUGUUUGAGCGGAUGAGCGAGGCGGUGCGCAACAAGGUGAUUGAGGGGAUUGCGGCGACGAUUUGUGAUUCGUUUAUUUUGAUCAUUGUGGCGGGCGCGCUGGGGACGUUGGUGGCGCUGUUGUUGAAGAGGGAGAGGCUGAGCAUGGACGGGGCUGUUGCCGGGGCGUAG